AGGAGGGGGGACAGCAGCCGGCUCAAUGGGCAGCUCUCUGUGAAGCGCAGCCUACCUGUUGGAGCUCAUUUCGGGAGACUGCCGCUCCGGACCCACGCUGAUCGUGGAUCUGCGGGAAACCCACUGCACUUGCGAGGCAUGAACAGUCUAAACAUGUCUCCCAGACUAUUGCUCUGCGCUGUUUUGGCAGUGUACCACGGGACGCAAACCUGCAGUGGAUUUAACAUAGAUGAACGGUUUCCUGUAAUCAAGGAGGGAAAAACCAAAGGGAGCUUCUUUGGAUUCUCAGUAGCUCUGCAUCAACUGCUGGAUGGCUCCAAAAAGUACAUGCUUCUCACAGGAGCACCCAAAGAAAAAGCACAAUCUCUACGAAAUGUCAAUGAAACAGGUGCCGUCUACUCCUGUCCCAUCACAACAGACACCAGCGACUGCUCCAGAAUGGACCUGGUCACCACAACGAGUCCCUCUGAGAUGGUAGAGGGUAUGUGGCUGGGUGUGACGGUGGCCAGUCAGAGAGAUAAGCAAGAAGGACGUGUGCUGGCAUGCGGACAUCGCUAUGUGAAACUCAUCCCUAGUGGCACAGAUGUGCUGUACCGGAUGAUAGGAAGGUGCUACGUCAGGAGCAACGACCUGACCUACGACAGCAACGAUUUCUGGCAGGAAUACAAAUACGAGCUCUGCAACCCAAACCAAGACUUUCAAAGUGAAGGCUUGUGCAACAUGGGCAUGUCAGGCGGCAUGACAGAGACUGAUGUCUACAUUGGCUCUCCAGGCAGCUACAGGUGGCAAGGAAAUGUUCAUGUAACGUCGAGAGAUCCAGAUCCAGCGAAGGUGUGGGAGGUGGACGACAGAGACUUCAAGCAGAUGAAACGACAGUACAGUUAUCUAGGUUACUCAGUUCUUGAGGAGAAGAAGCUUCUGAUCCAUGACCAGUACACAGUGGUGACAGGGGCUCCCAGGGACGAGUCCAAGGGCUCUGUGACAUUUGGGACUAUCGCUGUCAAACUCGAUCCAUCGUAUACUAUCCCUGGAGAACAAGUGGGCUCGUACUUUGGGAACAGCCUGGCUGUCGCCGACCUCAACAAUGAUGACUGGAAUGACCUGAUAGUGGGUGCCCCAUUUUACUUUGACCGUAUGAAGGAUGAGGGAGGAGCAGUAUAUAUCUUCAUGAAUGAGAAUGGAUCAUUCCAGAAGACCGCCAGCGUGGUGCUGAAAGGUCCAUCGGCCUCUGGCUUUGGCUUUGCAGUGGCUGCCAUCGGCGAUAUCAACCAAGAUGGAUUUCAAGACUUUGCAGUGGGAGCUCCUUUCCAUGACACAGGAAUGCUCUAUAUAUGGAUGGGGAGUAAAGAGGGAAUCUCAAUGGAGCCCAGUCAGGUGAUUGAGGGUAAGUCAGUGGGAAAUGGGGGAUUUCGCACCUUCGGCUACUCCAUCAAUGGAGGGAUGGACGUUGAUGACAACAGUUACCCUGACAUCUUAAUUGGCUCUCUGGAUGACCGCGUGGCCCUGCUCAGGGCUCGACCGGUCCUCCACUUAACCAAGGACUUCACUGUCGGGCCAAAGAUCGUGGAUCCUAGCCAGUGUCCAUCAACGAAUCCAUGCAUCUCAGCGACUCUGUGCUUCUCUUUCACUCUGAGCACUGGAAACAAAGACUUCAAGAAAGAUAUCACGGUGAAGUACACAGUGGAGGCCGACAUGGAGUGGAGGAAAAGCCAUCGUGUUCGUUUUGUGGACACAAAUGCCGACUCGUAUGAAGGCUCAAUGACGCUGCCAUCUUCCAAAAAAAAGUGUCAUACUCUCAAACUGUAUGCAGUGGAGCCUGUGAGGGACAAACUGGAGCCGGUGGUCUUUUCCCUCAACAUAUCCUUAAAUCAGCCAAAACCUAAAUCCAAACGUUCCCUCCAGAACCUGGACUUCUACCCGAUUUUCAGCCAGGAGCAGGACCUCACCAAUAAAGAUGACUUUCACUUUCAGAAGGACUGUGGCUCCGACAACAAAUGUAGCAGCAACCUGCAGCUGACAGCCCAGUUUGUUGAUGAACACGACAAGCCUUACCCCAGACAUGGCGAGUCCCAGAUACUUCAAUUCAACAGCAAUAUGAAGGUAGUAAGGCUGAAUGUGGAGGUGACCAACCUUCCUAGUCGGGGAAGGCUGGCUGAAGACGCUCACCAGGCCAUGCUCAACAUCACCAUCCCUGACGCGCUGAGCUACUCUGGCGUCAGACCAACAAAGGGCCGUGAUGUUGUGUGCACCUUGGACAGCACGGUGAUUUGUGAUCUGGGGAAUCCAUUUCAAGGCAACGAAAAGGUUACAUUUGCCAUCAUAUUUGAGACAUCAGGGAUUGAUUUGUACACACAAGAGAUUGAGUCCCAGCUGCUCCUGUCCACUCUCAGUGAGCAGAAUGACCUGAAGCCUGUGCCCGUGGCCCUGCUGAUUGAAAACACCAUCCUGCCCUCCUUCUCCAUAGAGAACCCACUGGUGCAAACAGAAUUCAGUGGGACGGUGAUGGGCGAGUCAGCCAUGGUCAACACCAGUGACGUGGGUAGUCUGGUGGAGUUCACCUUCAAUGUCAACAUGAGGGGACAGCCCCUGGGAGACAUGGGGACCCUGGCUGUGGAGUUUGAGUGGCCCCAUGAGGUCACCAACGGCAAGUGGCUGCUGUACCUGACCAGGAUUGUUGUUAAAGGGGAAUCAGAGGUGGAAUGUAACCCUGCUGGAGAAGUUGUCAACUCGCGUAACAUGACUUUGUCAGAGAGUGGUCGAAAGCGCACUAAACGACAGCUCGUAGUAGAUGAUCCUGAUCCAACAAAGCCACAUUUUAUUGAGCCACAGGCAGCCAUCACACUGCUCGGCCCUCGCAAAGUGACCUACCUGUUGGAAUGCUCCAAGGGGACAGCACGAUGUGUGACAUUCACCUGUCCGCUGCUCAACAUGACGAACUCAGCCAAGAUUUAUGUCCGCUCCCGUUUGUGGAACAGUACGAUGCUAGAGGACUACGCCAACGCUCUGAGAGUUACAGUCAGAGGUCACGCCACACUGAAGCUCAUCACAGAUAAACCAACCAUCAAGAUGGACGAUCAGACCACCAUGUUCACAGUAGAAAUAGAACCACUGGAGGGGGUGGAGGCACCCUAUGAGCUGCCACUGUGGAUCAUCAUCUCUGCAGCUGUAGCAGGAAUUCUCCUACUGGGAAUAAUCAUUAUUAUACUAUGGAAGUGUGGCUUCUUCCAGAGGGCCAGCAGGAGGGAGAUGUAUGAGGCCAAAGCCCAGAAGGCUGAGAUGAAGAUCCAGCCCUCUGAGACAGAGAGGCUGACUGAGGACUACUGAGGCCCUCACGGGUCCCCCAACAGCGCAUACCAGUGGGGCUUUUGGCUUGGAUUCUUCAAGCGAGCCGUCUACUACCGGAUAAUGCCAAAGCACCAGGGGGUGAAAAUUCGCAAGGCUGAGCGCUAUCAGUUCAAUCUAGGAUUUCAGCCUGAGGAGCCACAGAAAAAGUAUUGGAUCACCAGCUGGACAGAGAUGCAGCAUUACUACUACUGAGGCCUUUAGUUUGGAGCCCUCACCGUCUCACUGGUUUGACACGGGCCAAAGAACACUGGGCUCGGUCGGGCCACAUGCAUGGACCAAUUGUGGAUAGUGCUUUUUUUUUUUUUUUUUUUUUUUACCUUUUAAUAGAUUUCAUCAACAUUUUCAGUGCAAUAUACUGAACAGUUUCAGAGAUUGUAAUUUGUUAAGUAUUUUUCAUGAAUGCAGUGUUGGAAUCGGCGGUUGCAUUCAAGAGUUAAUUGUUUUGAUUACAUUGUUGCCAUGUAUGUUCCAUUUUUUUUCUUUCUGAAUCCAUGCAAGCAAAGUUGCUGGUCACUCAUCAUGUUUAUUCCACCAUGUCUGUUUUCCUCUCUAAUCAGAGUCUGUUGAUCUCCUCUGUCAUUGUGUAUGUUUUCCCUGCUCUGUCCCCAGGCAUCACUUUGUGGUCAGCCGUUUGUAGGCUAUGUAAAAGUUUAAAACCUACAUCAGUCAGUAGGGAGGUCAUUUUCAAACUGCACUUAGAAUACGUUGAUCAUUAUUUACUCUGUUAUGAGCGACUUUAUGUGAAUGUCCAUGUCAGUGUUUGACAUUGUGUCGACUUGCAUCUCAAAUGGUUGUGGCACUGACCUCCGAAAAGUACAAAAGUGACUGUUUUUUUUUUUUUUAAUGCUACGUUGACAAAGUAUUUCCCUGGUUUCAGGGAAUAAACACACAGAGGUAUGGAGAAAAACAGCCAUUCAUCAGUGAAUAAUACAUUUUACAGGCCCAGCUGGACCUGUUUUAAUUAAAUUCCAUGGCAAGAGUCAUCCAAGCAACAAGUUGAAAAGCAAUAGUUUCUUGGCUGGAUGUAGAAUUAAGCCGAAAAUAUACUUGCUUUUAACUACAUGCUGCCAUGUUUAUUGUUUACCUCAUGCAAAUCUGGUAGUUCUGUACAGUCUGAGUUCCCUGGUGCGCCCUCUAGUGGAAUCCUCCAGUAUCACAUUGUACAUUAGCGCAUACGUGAACAAUUCCUUUCCUGAUGCAGUCAGUUGUGUAUGGGAAGGCGUGGUUAAAAAGCAAGUAUAUCUCCAGCCUUAUCCAACAUGUGUUGAUAAGAUGAUGGGAGCACACUUGAUAAUUAUUUAUUACACUGUCUUGUGUUAUUACAGUAAAGAACCUAUCUUUAAAAAAUAUCACAAACAGGGAGUCAUGACACUGGAGUUAAUAAUAGGCCAACAUGAUGUUCUAUAUGUCUGGAGUCUUUUUAAGGUUAUUAAUUGUAUAUAGUGACAAGUUACAGUGAAUUGACUAUUUGAAUGAUUGCUUAUGUCAUUGGCCUCUGUUGUUACUCUGUCCCUAAGCUUUGUAUUUUUUGUAUGAGACAGUAAGAUGACACUUAAAGCCCCCAUUAAAGUCAACCUACAGCACUGAAAACAGAC